AUGUCUAAACAAAAAGAUAAUUCUGAAUUAUUUUCAAAAGAGAUUCCAGAAUUUACUAACGAAUAUAGAAUUAAGCGUAGAAAUAAUGGACAUAAACAAUACGGAUUCGUAUCUGCAUUUUUAUACGACAAGUGUAUGAAUAAGUUUAUCUUUGAAUCACGCGGUCAGGUUAAAAAUAAGCAAGAGGAUAUCGAGAAAGUAUUCGAUGCUCCAGACGGGUUUGGUAUCGAACAUGUUGUUAAGUUAGAGAAAUGGGAUACGAUUAUUGGUGAUGAUUUACUAAUCUAUAAUAAACAAUACGAAAUGCUAUACAAACAGGAAGAUAUAUUUUCCGCUAUGUCAAGAGAAGUUUUUGAAGAAACAGGAUUAGAUAUCAAAAAGAUUUCCUGUGAACUUUGGAAAAGGGGCAAUGAAGUGAUUGCUUUGAAUUCGUAUGAUAUUUUGAAAAGGAUAAAUGAUGACAAGGAUAAAGAGACAAAAUGUUUUACGCCAACUAUUGAGAAUGUAUUCGAAGAAGUGAACAGUUACUGUAAACCGAUCAAGAAUGAGAUUAUCUUAUUUGGUAGACCAUAUUCCGGGUUAUCAGAAGGUGUCAAGAUAUGUACUGCCUUUUUCAAGAGUAUCGAUCUUGAGGUAUCUAGUACAUUAACACUCCCAGACUCUUAUCGUGAUCGAAAGGGUUUAGGGCCAGAUCAUCUCUCAAUCAGAGACUUAUACCCUGAUCACUAUCAUACCAGAGACGAAUCAAAAGAAGUCAAACAAUUUCAGAUCCUAGCAGCUUACAAUUCUAUUGGUAAACUUCUACGUGGUGAAACCGAAGCAGAUGUUGGAAACGAACCAAUA